AGAUUUUGGCCAUUACGACUUAGAAGGAAAUAUUUACAUCACUGACAGAUUAAAAGAAAUGAUCAAAUCAGGAUUUCAUCAAGUUUCUCCUACUGAAAUAGAGUCUGUUUUAUGUAGCCAUCAGGCAAUAGAGGACGCUGCUGUAGUUGGAAUCCCAGAUUCCACAUUAGGAGAAGUACCUUAUGGACUUGUGGUGAUCAAAACAGGUAGUCACGUGACACCUGAAAAUAUACUCUGUUUUAUUUCAGCUCGUCUAGCGCCACAGAAACAGCUGAAGGGAUUGGAGUUUAUAGACAAAAUUCCUCGGUCACAGUUCGGCAAGAUCGAACGUAAAUAUCUGAAGAAUCAUGUAGUCCAAAAAUUGAAAAAAUAACCACUGGUCAAUGGCUCUGAGGCAAAACAACAACAAAUAUGCCUCAUAGUUUCGAUUGAAGUGUGGAAACAGUAUUUUUCUGUGAAUUCAACAAACUACAACAACCACAGAUGUAUCGGAAAAAUAUUACAAAAUGUGUUCGUACGACGAAAUAGAUUUAUUGACAUUUAUUCAACAAACCAAAACUAUUGAAACACAAUAACAGGAACACAAAAUCAUUUGUAUCGGUGAUAUGGUUAUAUAUACUGAACCACCUUUUAAAAAUAUAUGGUCAUUGGUUGGAUCAAAGUAACUACCAACAAUCAUUAAGAUAAAAUGAUACGACGUCACGUAGGGCUAAUGAAAUCUUAGAGUUCACGUUGAUUCAUACUUUUUAAGUUUUGUUGUUGUUGUUGUUGUUUUCUUUAA